AUGUUAUUUCGGGAUCUGUUUGAGGAAUAUUCCAAUGCCCUGAGACCAGUGGAAGAUACUGACCGAGCAUUGAAUGUUACCCUGCAAAUUACACUUUCUCAGAUUAAAGACAUUGAUGAAAGGAAUCAGAUAUUGACAGCAUACUUGUGGAUUAGGCAAAGCUGGUAUGAUGCAUACCUGACGUGGAACAAAGAUGACUAUGAUGGUCUAGAUUCUAUCCGUAUCCCAAGCAACAUGGUAUGGAGACCAGAUAUUGUGCUCUAUAACAAGGCAGAUGAUGAAUUUUCAGAACCCGCAAAUACAAAUGUUGUUCUGCGUUAUGAUGGCAAGAUCACAUGGGAUUCCCCAGCUAUCACCAAGAGCUCCUGUGUUGUGGAUGUCUCCUAUUUUCCAUUUGAUAAGCAGCAAUGUAAUCUAACCUUUGGUUCCUGGACCUACAAUGGUAAUCAGGUGGAUAUAAUAAAUGCUAUGGACACAGGAGAUCUGUCGGAUUUUGUGGAAAAUGUGGAAUGGGAAAUGCAAGGCAUGCCGGCAGUGAAGAAUGUCAUUACAUACGGCUGCUGCUCCGAGCCGUACCCUGAUAUCACCUUCACUCUGAUUCUCAAGAGGAGAUCUUCUUUCUACAUUUUCAACUUGCUAAUCCCGUGUGUGAUGAUAUCCUUCCUGGCUCCAUUAGGAUUCUACCUCCCUGCAGACUCUGGGGAAAAAGUAUCUCUGGGAGUCACUGUACUCUUGGCUCUGACUGUCUUUCAAUUGAUGGUAGCAGAAAGCAUGCCUCCUUCUGAAAGUGUGCCAUUAAUAGGUAAGUACUAUAUAGCGACAAUGACAAUGGUUACAGCCUCAACAGCGCUGACUAUCAUCAUUAUGAACAUUCACCUAUGUGGGGCAGAAGCAAAGCCCAUCCCUCACUGGGCGAGGGUUGUCAUACUUGACUACAUGUCCAAGAUAUUUUUUGUUUAUGAUGUGGGAGAAAACUGCACCAGUUCCCAGGAAGAAAACCUAAAUGGCCAAGGUGCUGGGGACAAGGCAGGUCAGUGUAACAUCCCCCAUCAUCUUUACUGUCAUCAUUGCAUCCAUUACAGACUUCUGGCAAGUAACAUUGAAUACAUCACUAACUGGUACCGUGAGCAGAAAUCCAUCAGCCUUAAAGGAAUUGAGUGGAAGAAAGUGGCCAAGGUGAUGGACCGCUUCUUUAUGUGGGUCUUCUUUACCAUGGUCUUUUUUAUGAGUAUUUUAAUUAUUGCAAAAGCUGUGUAG